CGCGCCAGUUCAUUCGGUUUUCGAACGCGAUCCGAGUGGCUGGUGUCUGGACAGUUUGAAAUUUUCGCGCCUCGAUCGUGUUUUGUUUUGACAGUUGAAAAUUGUUACACCGCGCACCGCUUUCAGUUUUCUGCAUGUUUUCCCAUGGAUUUUAGUGACUCAUCAGUGUUUUGUGAAUGACUGUGACGAUUUGUGAUAGACAACUGUGUAAUUAAUUUAAAUUAUUUUAGAAGUCCUCAUUAAGACAAAAACAUUUCAUGCAAUUGAAUAAAUACUACUGCCGUUUUCUUUAAUAACUGCGAAAAAGUUUGCGUAACCUACAUCCAGGGAGCAACAAAAACGCGAGUGAGAAGUGAAAGUAAACUUGACUGUUUCAUUACCAUUUAUUUUUUGACCCAACAACUAAGAGUACUUUCUUGAAGAAGUAUCUGUAGACUUCGUCGGCAGAGUUCUUCUUUAGGUGCUUUGUUACAGCGAUAUACAUAAUUGAAAAAGUUCAGGACGUUUUGUGGGAGAGACCGCAUCUGUUUGACCCGAGACGCUAAUAAAAAUAAACGAUUUAUCGGACGAUUUACGCUGGGAACCUUUGACUAGUCUCACUAUGAUUGAUGACAGUUACUUGGCAAGUAUGAUGAUGCGAUUCGGAGAUCGCUGAGAUUGACCCAGAGGUGGAUUCUAAGUUCAUCUUUAUGAGGGAAAGAAGGUCCCUGCCUAUCAGUAGCGAGGUGGCGUUGAAAAGUGACAAGGAUGGAUCAGGAAAGGGGUUGGUUAUGAACACAGUGAUUUGUGGUGUUGUGGAUGAACUAUCAAACGGCAGGACUGGGAGACGAGGGUCGUGGGUGCGCCACGCCGUCAUGGGAGUGCUUCGGUGGAAGGAUCUGACAGGAGGAGUGAGGACCUCCACGCCAACAGACCAAAAAGAGGUAUUUUGGCCCAUAGACGAACAAGGGGUAAGAAAAAGGGUCUCCCGGGUCGAGACUCGGCGGUCAACGUCCGUGGGCGGCGCGGGUGGCGUUGAGCGCCACUCGUACGCCGAGGGGCGGGUGCCGGCGCCGCACGGGCUGCCGCCGUCGCCUGGCGCCACCGCCACGCAGCGCCGCUGUCUGGCCAGCCGCCUGCUGCUGCAGGAGACCUUGGCUAAGCCUGGGCCUCCCCCAACGAUAGUGCUCCCGGCUGGCGGCGCCUACUGGUCAGAUGGAGUGGACGCAGACACUCAGAAUGAUGAGGAGAACGAGCGGGCCCAGCCCGGCACCCCGCGGCACGCCUCCUGGCGACACAACAUACAGAGCGACGAGACCGCCAAGGUCUACAGGCGAUACUUCCUCGGGAAGGAACACAUCAACUUGGUUGGCUUCGACGAGAGCCUCGGGCCAGUGGUGAUGUCCAUCAAGAAGGAACACAUGGCCAAUCAAGAACACACACGCAUCCUCCUGCGGCUUCGGACCAACACCAGCCAUGGGCUCGUGCCUACACCAGAAUCAAGUCCUAUGCCGUCGCCUCUCAAAAUGGCGAAGAUGCUCAACGAACAGAUAAACGUGGACAAUUUCAUGCCGGCCAUGUGUCUGAACGCCUCCAACCUCAUCGUGACGUAUGACGAGCACGUACUAGUGCACAACUUCAAGUUCGGAGUGCUCUACCAGAAGUACGGACAGAUCACUGAGGAGGAGCUGUUUGGCAACAACGAGACGUCUCCGGCCUUCGACGAGUUCCUGGAGAUGUUGGGGCAGAGGAUCAAACUGGAAGGGCAUAAAGGCUACCGAGGAGGUCUGGACAUAAUGAACGGGCACACGGGCACGGAGGCGGUGUACGAGCGGUACUGCGGGCGCGAGGUGAUGUUCCACGUGGCGCCGCUGCUGCCGCACACGGCCGGCGACGCGCAGCAGCUGCAGAGGAAGCGGCACGUCGGCAACGACAUCGUCGCUAUUGUGUUCCAGGAGAAGGCGACCCCGUUCACCCCCGACAUGAUCGCGUCGCACUUCCUGCACACCUUCAUCGUAGUCACGCCGGUGGAGGCCAGCGGGGAGACCAGGUACAAGGUGGCCGUCACCGCUCGAGUGGACGUACCAUUUUUCGGGCCGACUCUCCCUCAGCCGCCAAUCUUCAAAAAAGGCCGAGAACUGAAAGAAUUCCUUCUCACCAAACUGAUAAACGCUGAGAACGCGUGCUACAAAGCCGAGAAAUUCGCCCAGUUAGAGCUUAGAACGCGCGCUUCCCUACUCCAGAAUUUGGCCGAAGAAUUGAAGGGGAAGACGAUGGAGUUCCUCGGCUCAGGAGUGAGGAUAGACGCUGGUGCCAUCUCGCCUCAGCCCGAGGGAACGCCGAAGCAAGAGGGCCCGGGCGCCAGGUUCAUUGAUUCGGUGAAGAAAGUGCUGACUUCUAAAGGAAGAUCUCCCAGUGUUGAUACGAAUCUUUCAGGGGACAGCAGCAAGAAUGUAAUCAAUAAGAAAAUCAAUCACGAGAUACCCACGCCUAAUAGCGGGCGUUCAAAGUCAUCAGUGGCAUCUUCCUCAACGAGCGCGGUCUCAGUCCGGUCGGCCGGCGGCUCCGGGGAAUCCAGCCCCGAUGUGACGUCACGCGCCGCGCCCCCCCGCCCCCCGCUGCAUGACCACAGUGAUGACUCUAGUUUGAACUCCGUCGACUUGGAUCCUUUAGGAGCCAUAUACGUGGACAGCGAUACAGGCCUGGAGUCCAUGUCCUCGGCCGAGGCGGGCGGCGCCAUGGCACGGAACGACCCACCAGCCGUGCAGAGAACAGACUCCGAACAGCUGAGACAGGAGGUGUGCCGCCUCAAAAACGACAAGCUGGACCUGCUAAAACAGAAUAUUACAUGGCAAAAUGAAAUAAAGAGUCUGCGUGAGAGAGAAAUGUCGAUGCAGGCAGAGAUAGCGGCGAUGAAGCGAGAAGUGCGCAGGCUACGCGACCAGCAGGAUGCCAUCACCAACAUUCCGAAUCCAUCCACACACGAUUCCACUGCGUAGAGUUUUCUCUGAAAUACUGUAUGGUUUCUAAUCGAGAAUGAGAAGACGAUUUCUGAUGACAUUUGGAAGUAUGUAUAUUAUAACGAAUUUGUUAGGGUUUUUGCGAUAGAACGUUCCGAUCUGAGGUUAACUUUUUUAUGGAACAGUUAUUUUCCAAUAAUUAUUGUAGCCUAUUUGUUAGCAUAAUAUUAUAGGCUUUGGAUGUCAUUGUACGUAGAUAUUUUAAUAUUGAAUUAUUAACUAUGUUGCUCUC